AUGCGCACCGUUCACAGCAUGUUUCCCAAGUCCAACCACGAGACAUUCGCCACGAAGCUCUACCAGACGGUGGGCGCCCACCGGCGCUUCGACAAGCCCAAGCUCUCUCAGACAGACUUCACCAUCGAGCACUAUGCGGGCAAGGUGGGUAAGAAGGAGUUUGAGAUCUGGGUCACAUACCAGACGGACCUCUUUCUGGAGAAGAACAAGGACUACGUGGUGAUGGAGCACCAGGCACUGCUAGGGGCGUCAAUAGACCCGUUUGUGGCGGCACUCUUCCCCAUGCCCUCAGGCGACAAGGCCAAGACCAAGUUCACUUCUCUGGGUUCGGGAUUCAAGCAACAACUGGCGGAGCUGAUGUCAACGCUGAGCCACAUGGACCCUCACUACGUGCGAUGUGUGAAGCCCAACGGGCAGUACAAGCCGGGGUACUUUGAGAACCCCAGUGUCAUUCACCAACUCAGAUGCGGGGGCGUGCUAGAGGCCAUUCGAAUCAGCUGUGCGGGCUAUCCCACUCGCCGCCCCUUCGAUGAGUUUCUUGACAGAUUCUCUGUUCUCGCACCAGACCUGUGUGAUGGGAGAAGAUACGACGACAAGACAGCCGUUACUCUCAUGCUGCAACGACUGGGCUUCAGCAACUUCCAGGUGGGGAGAACCAAGGUGUUCCUACGAGCAGGGCAGAUGGCGGACCUGGAUGCGCUGAGGGCGGAGAGGCUUAUGUGGGCGGCGCGCGUGAUUCAGCGCGCGUGGCGGUCGUGGCGGCAGUUCAUGCGGCCACCUGACUCGGCAGUACUACAGCUGGCUGCGAGAGGAGACGGCAGCAGUGACGAUUCAGAAGCACGUCACCUGACCCGGCAGUACUACAGCUGGUUACGAGAAGAAGCGGCAGCAGUGACGAUUCAGAAGCACGUGAGGCGAUACACCACGCAGCUCGCCUACGAGCACACGCGCUACAGGGCCAUCAUCAUCCAGGCGGCUGCUCCAUUGCUGCUCUCCCUCAACCUCCUCUCACUCCCUUCGCUCCCCUCUCUCCCCCCUCCUCCCCUCCUGCUCUCCUCCCUCUCCCCUCUCUUUUUCUCCCUCCGCUCUCCCCGCUCCCGCUCUUCUCCUUCCCCCCAACCCCCAGGCCACCUGACUCGGCAGUACUACAGCUGGCUACGAGAAGAAGCAGCAGCGGUGACGAUUCAGAAGCACGUGCGGCGGUACACCACGCAGCUGGCCUACGAGCACACGCGCUACAGUGCCAUCAUCAUCCAGGCGGCGUUCCGCGGCAUGUUGUGCCGCAAGUGGGUGCGGGAGAUCAGAGUGCAGCGGGCGGCAACAAGGAUACAGGUUGGUUGGGAGGAGAGAGAAGAGGAAAGGGGCGAGAGGGCAGACAUGGAGCGGGUGCAAGAGAUGAGAGUGCAGCGGGCGGCAACAAGGAUGGUUGGAGGGGAGAGGAGGGUGGAAGAAAGAGGGGUGGGGAAAGGAGGGUGGAAGAAAGAGGGGUGGGGAGAGGAGGGUGGAAGAAAGAGGGGUGGGGAGAGGAGGGUGGAAGAAAGAGGGGUGGGGAGAGGAGGGUGGAAGAAAGAGGGGUGGGGAGAGGAGGGUGGAAGAAAGAGGGGUGGGGAGAGGAGGGUGGAAGAAAGAGGGGUGGGGAGAGGAGGGUGGAAGAAAGAGGGGUGGGGAGAGGAGGGUGGAAGAAAGAGGGGUGGGGAGAGGAGGGUGGAAGAAAGAGGGGUGGGGAGAGGAGGGUGGAAGAAAGAGGGGUGGGGAGAGGAGGGUGGAAGAAAGAGGGGUGGGGAGAGGAGGGUGGAAGAAAGAGGGGUGGGGAGAGGAGGGUGGAAGAAAGAGGGGUGGGGAGAGGAGGGUGGAAGAAAGAGGGGUGGGGAGAGGAGGGUGGAAGAAAGAGGGGUGGGGAGAGGAGGGUGGAAGAAAGAGGGGUGGGGAGAGGAGGGUGGAAGAAAGAGGGGUGGGGAGAGGAGGGUGGAAGAAAGAGGGGUGGGGAGAGGAGGGUGGAAGAAAGAGGGGUGGGGAGAGGAGGGUGGAAGAAAGAGGGGUGGGGAGAGGAGGGUGGAAGAAAGAGGGGUGGGGAGAGGAGGGUGGAAGAAAGAGGGGUGGGGAGAGGAGGGUGGAAGAAAGAGGGGUGGGGAGAGGAGGGUGGAAGAAAGAGGGGUGGGGAGAGGAGGGUGGAAGAAAGAGGGGCGGGGCGGCCUGGCGGGGCUAUGCAGCCUGGCGGGGCUAUGUGGAGCGAAUGGACUUCCUCCACAAGCGCUGGAGCGCACCUUUUACCCACCCCUCCUUCCCACCCCUGUUUUCCUGCUUGAUUCUUCCCUCCUCCCCCGCCACUUACCACUGCAGGCGGCCUGGCGAGGCUAUGUGGAUCGAAUGGACUUCCUCCGCGAGCGCUGGAGCGCCGUGGAGGCUCGGCAGGCAGGGGCUUUAAGGGAGGCCAAGACGAAGCUGGAGAAGCAGCUGGAGGAGCUGACGUGGCGGCUGCAGCUGGAGAAGCGCAUGCGGCUGGACCUAGAGGAGGCAAAGGCCGCCGAGAUCCAACGGCUGCAAGCGCAAGUGGAAGAUCUACGGUCUGAGCUCGACGACACGCGAACCCGGCUGGAGAGCCAAGUAGACGACACCAGGCGGCAACUAGACGAGUCCCAAGGCAGGCUAGAAGAAGCACAGGGGCGAUUGGAAGAGGCGCAAGCGAGGUUGGAGGAGGCACAGGGGAAGGUGGAACAGGCAGAGGCCGAGGUGCGGCAGCUUAGGGAGCAGAGCGAGCGAAUGGCGGAUGAGAGUGCCAGGCUGGCGCAACAGCUGGCGGAACGGCCGGUGGUGACGGCUGCUGCUGUUGGUGGUGCUGGUGCUGGUGGUGGUGUUGGGAGUGGGGGGCGAGGGAGUCUGGAGUCUGGUGGAGGGGCGUCGGGUGCUGCUGCGUCCGUGUCAUCAGCGUCGUCAGCGAGAGCAGCAGGGGAGAGUGCGGGGAGAGCUGCUGGGGAGGGUGAUGGCGAGCUGCAGCAGGAGAAUGUGCAGCUCAAGUCGCUGCUGGCGGAGUCAGAGGGGCGUCUGGCUCGUUACGAGGCCGAGGUGGCCGGGCAGGUACAGGAGAAGACAGCACGGAGCGAGCGGGAAUUGGAGCAGACCCAAGCGGAUCUAAAGCGAGUACAGGAGCUUUACUCGCGGAUGGAGAGAGAAAACCAAGCACUUCGGCAGCAGCAAGCACUCUCAGGCCCAGACAGAGGAGGAGGCGGAGGAGCAGCAGUGGGAGCAGGGAGAAACGGAGAGCAAGGAGCAGCAGGGGCUUUGGCGGUGCAAUCCCCGCAGCAAAACGGGCUGGCCCCGAACCUGAGCUUCGGAUCGCCGAGCCAGAGCCACGGGUCGCCGAGCCAGAGGCUCGGGUCGCCAGACUCUCCUGUCCCAUUGGCGCUCACCCCGGCGAGUGGGAACGGCGGCAGAGGGGGUGUGGCGGGAAUGUCGCCGCUGGGGAGUGUGUCUGGUGAAGGGGGUGACAGGCGGUUCUAUCGCAUGCAGUCUGAACGGUUCUCGGUGAGUGGAAAGGGCAGCAGGGGGGUUGUGGGUGGGAUGGCAGAAGAGGGGGAGUGGCGGGAUGUCGCCGCUGGGAAGUGGAUCAGGGGAAGUGGGAACUUCGGCAGAGGGGGUAUGGCGGGGAUGUCGCCGCUGGGAAGUGUGUCUGGGGAAGGAGGAGACAGGCGGUUCUAUCGCAUGCAGUCCGAGCGGCACUCGCAAGAGCAGGAAACACUGCUCAAGGCCCUCUCAGCCACGAGCCUAGGCUACAGCAACAAGCGCCCCCUCGCCGCCUGCAUAGUCUACAAGUGCCUCCUGCACUGGCGGGCAUUUGAGGCAGAGCGAACGAGCAUUUUCGACCGCAUUAACCGCACUAUCAGAUCAGCUGUUGAGGAGGAUGAUAGAGCGCUAGCAGCACUGGGGAGUGGAGGGGUGCUGAGCGGUGGAGGGGGGUUGGGAGGGAAGAGCAUGGGGCGGCUGGCGUAUUGGUUAUCCAACACUUCGUGUCUGCUGGUACUGCUGCAGCGGACGCUCAAGGCCAGUGGGGGGGGGCAGGCUGGGCCGGCAGGGAGGAGGAAAGGCGCGCAAGGAGGAGGGACUAGUGGGAGGAUGGCUCAGAUGGGGCCUCAAAUGGGAUAUCCGCCGUCCCCCCCUCUGCCGGAUGGGUCAAGCUCGCUGAAGCUGGUAGAAGCUAAGUACCCCGCUCUGCUGUUCCGGCAGCAGCUGACUGCGUAUGUGGAGAAGGUGUUUGGGCUGAUCAGAGACAACCUCAAGCGAGACAUCUCGCCGAUUCUCGGGCAGUGCAUUCAGGUGGGUGUGAUAAGCUUAUUGGGGGGCACUUGGAUGGGGGUGGGUGGGGGGGAUGGGGGCGCAGCUGGUUUGCUGCUGUUCCGGCAGCAGCUGACAGCGUAUGUGGAGAAGGUGUUUGGGCUGAUCAGAGAUAACCUGAAGCGAGACAUUUCGCCCAUCUUGGGGCAGUACAUUCAGGGGAUUGGGGCAGUGGGCAUAGGGGAUUGCAGUGGGCAUAGGGGAUUGGGGCUGCCAGUGCUUCCAGGCGCCUCAAAGUGCACCUCCCCACCCCCUCCCACCACUCACUCUCCCCUUUCCACCACCCUCAACCAGGCCCCUCGUGUCUCCCGCUCCUCAUACGGCCGGCAAUCCUCGUCUCCUAGCAGCACAGCAGGCAGCGGCCCCGCGUCAUCAUCCCCACCAAGCCCGUGGCAUGCCAUCAUUGCGUCGCUCUCCUCGCUGCUCGCGACGCUCAAGGGCAACCACGUGGCGCCAUUCCUCAUCCGCAAGAUGUUUGCUCAGGUCUUCUCCUUCAUCAACGUUCAGCUGUUCAACAGGCUGCUGGGCAACGGAGAGUAUGUGAAGGCGGGGCUGCAGAAGGUGCAGCCUUCCUUCCCCAGUCCUGUGCCUCCAACUCCCACUCCUCCUCCUCUUCUCUGCACCCGCUUUGGUCCCCUUCCCUUCAGCUUACUACCCCAUUGUGAGUGCUGGCUGCUGGGCAACAGGGAGUAUGUGAAGGCGGGGCUGCAGGAGCUUACUACCCCGUUCUUACUGCUCCGCCGUGAGUGCUGUUCGCUGAGCAACGGGGAGUAUGUGAAGGCGGGUUGCAGAAAAUACAGCCUCCCUUUACCCACUCCCCCUCUCUCCUCCCCUGCUUGCAAUGUCCACUCCCCCCUUCUGUUUCAGCUUAUUGCUCCGCCGGGAGUGCUCUUGCUGCUCCGCCGUGAGUGCUGCUCGUUGAGCAACGGGGAGUAUGUGAAGGCGGGGUUGCAGGAGGUGCAGCAGUGGAUGCGGGAGGCAGGGGAGGAGAGCAUGGGGCGCGCGUGGGAGGAGCUGAGGAGCAUCACUCAGGCUGUGGGGUUUCUGUCGCCCACCUGCCGUUACUGCAAGAAAACGGGUCACACCAUCGAUGAAUGCUUCAAAUUGAAGAAGAAGAAAGAGCUUGAAGAAAGCUCUAAACGGGAGAAAUCCGUCUUCCAACCCUCGGUGCAUGUCUCCACCAGCUCCUCUGCUGAAGCUACUCCGACCCCCACACCACCUCCUGCCCCAUCAACCCCUCAGUCCGUACCUGAUUCCCGGUACGUGGACAUUGCUGUCAGCACCAGCCACCACCCCAUCUUCUCCACAUGGACUCCUCUCGUCGCUGCUGUCUUCAUUCUCACCAUCCUCCUUCUCCUCCUCCUCUUCCCUUAUGGGGCUCCCUACGCAUCGGCAUUCACGGCCUCCUCAUUCAAUAUGGAGCAGACUUCGUCGUGGCUGGUGGACAGCGGCGCAUCCUCCCAUAUCUGCUCGGAUCGUUCGCUGUUUUCGUCUCUCAAGAAGCCCAACGAAGAGAUCCUUGUUCGUUUUGGUGGAGGAGAGACUUACAAGGUCGUGGGAGUCGGCACGGUGGUGGCUACUCUUCGGUCACCAACAUCGGAAACCACCAUUCAGCUUGACAACGUUCUAUUUCUCCCUUCAUCAGUUCACAACCUGCUCUCUGUUCGUGCGCUUGGUGCUGCCGGCGUUGCCGUCUCGUUCCCCGCUGCUGGGCGCGUUGUUCUCACAUCUGAUGACGUUCCUAUUGGCGAGGGCUACACCCGCAACAAUCUGUUUUAUCUUCAACUGCAUCAUGGGAGCAGUGCUGCUCCUUCUAUCAAGCCAACUGCAUGUCCAGCCUCCACCACCACCUCCUCGUACCUCUGGCAUCGUCGUUUCGGGCAUCUCAACAUGCAGGCCUUGUCAACACUUCAUCGGCAGCAGCUGGUCACCGGUCUUCACCUCUCCUCCACCUCGAUUCCCCCCUGCAUCUCGUGCUAUCGUGGGAAACAAACACGUCAGCCAUUUGGCGUGUCCCAUUCUCGCACCACAGCCCCACUCCAACUCAUUCACUCAGAUAUUGCUGGACCGCUUUCAUAUGGAACUACCAUUGGCGGCGCUCGCUACCUUCUCACCUUCAUCGACGACUACUCCCGCCACAUUACAGUGUAUCUCCUACGCCACCGGUCGGAGGCACUUUCAUGCUUCAAGGCUUACGUCACUCGGCUCGACGACCGAAGCACGGCCGGCAUCAUGGUUGGAUAUGGUCAUCUCGACGGCACCAAAGCUUACCGCAUCUAUAUCCCAUCUCAGCACCGUGUCAUCCUUUCUCGUGAUGUCAUCUUCAUGGAGCCCUCUGCACCGCCUUCCGACGACUCUCGCGACCCUCCAUCGUCAUCUCCACCCACAUCCUCCUCACUACCUCCUCCUACACACCCUUCUUCCUUGGACCCAAUCUCCCCUCCCUCUCCUUCCCCCACCAUACCUUCCUCCGCCAACCCCCACCCACAAUCCCCAAACCUGCCCGCACCAGCCACAUCUUCUCCUCCUCCAUUGUUUUCCAACCUUCCUCUGCCCUCGACGCCGCAAGACUUUCACCUUCCAUCCUUCUCUCCUCCCUCUUCGCCUCCCCCUCCCCAUUGCACGACUCGCUCCUCCCCGCCAUCCCCUUCAGCUCUUCCCGAUCCUUCCCUUUUCUCCUUCCUCAAGGUCUUACCAUCCCCUUCCGAACCCAUUGACUUCACUCUUCCUCCUCUUUCCAACACCUCUGCCAAUGCUGCCCUUCACCAUCAUUACGAACCUCAAACCAUUCAUGAGGCUCGUACCGGCCCUGAUGCUGCCGAAUGGAUCAAGGCUGCUGAUGCGGAACUCGCUGCCCUGCACGCUAAUGACACCUACAGCAUUGUUCCUCGACCACCCAAGUGCAAGCCGAUUCCAUGCAAAUGGAUUUUCAAGGUCAAGGAGAACGCUGAUGGUGCUGCACCAGAAGCCAAAGUGCUGCAUCAGAAGCCAAAGAAGACUCUAGAGGAGAUUGUGCUGCACCAGAAGCCCAAGAAGAGCCUGGAGGAGAUUGUCACCCCUCUCUGCCUGUCGCUGUCGACGCAUCACAACGACAUACUGGGAUGGAAAAAGCCGAAGAAGAGCCUGGAGGACAUGUUUACAACUCUGUGCCCGUCGUUGUCGACGCAGCAGCUGUAUCGCAUCGCCACCAUGUACUGGGAUGGCAAGUAUGGCAACAUGCUCUCAUCUCUGCCUCGUACCCCGGUGCUGCACCAGAAGCCUAAAAAGAGUCUGGAAGAGAUCGUGACAACUCUCUGUCCGUCGCUGUCAACGCAGCAGCUGUAUCGCAUCGCAACCAUGUACUGGGAUGGCAAGUACGGCACACACACCGUCAGCACGCAGGUCAUUCAGAUGAUGCGCGCACGAAUGAGCGAGGAGGCAAGGAGCCCGGCUGCUACUGGCUCGUUUCUGCUGGAUGACGACUCGAGUAUCCCAUUCGGCCCGGAUGACUAUGCUCACAGCAUGGAGGCCAUUGACAUUCCAGCAUGGAGGCCAUUGACAUUCCAGCAUGGAGGCCAUAGGCAUUGCAUGCUGCCUAUUCCUCUUCCGCAUUCCCUUCUCUCCGCUCCCACCCCCUCCCCCCUUCGUGCCAUCACCCAUAUCCCCUUUGGUCCGGACGACUUUGCUCGCAGCAUGGAGGGCAUUGACAUUGCAGUAUUGCCGGUGUCCCUUCCCCUCAGAAAUAACAUGGAGGGCAUUGACAUUGCAGUGCUGCCGGUGCCGCCUCCCCUCAGGGAUAACCCCGCCUUCCACUUCCUCUCCUCGCGCGCUUAA